AUGUCUCGCAGAAGAGUAUUUUUACAUUCAUGGAAGAAAUAUGGCACCACUAUAUAUUCGCCUCUGGAAGGAUCAAUAUCGGAGCCCCGAGGCAAAGGCUGCUGCGGUUUCAGUGGCGCGCGACCACCCCUUCGCGCGCUGAUCGCAGUGGUGGCACUUGGAGGGGUCGCGUGUGCGCUCGGAGGCGCCGCUCUCGGUGCCCUGGGCCUUGGGGGAGCACCCACGUCUCAUCUCACGGCCGCCCUUCUCAUGAUCGGGGUUGGUGUAAUUCUAGUCACUGUAUCCGGCGCAGCGUGGCGUCUAACUGCUCCCGGCACACCACCAUGCCGAGCUCUUUGGGGCUUCGGCGGUCGAUCUUCAGAAGAACAGAAUAAUAGCCAACAAACUGCCACUGCAGCAGGACAUGCCUCUGCUGCAUGUAAUGGAAGAAGGUUUUCACCAAGAUCCGGACCGCCAUGCUCCGGAAGAUCUAAUCAUCCUUACGGAGCUAUGAUGUACCCGGAGUUUCAGCAUAGACAACCACCGCCGAGCUAUCAAGCCUCUAUGCAAGAAUACAGGCUUAGAUUGCUCCUGUUAGAUCGGCAAAAUAGUGCGGGACAUUCACCACCAGGCGGGCGACCUUCACCUCCGCCUACAUACAGAUCUAAUGCUGGAACCUUAUUAAGAGUUCCAAUGACCUCUCACUGUCCAGCCCCUGGUUCUGAAUACAGCCUGCCCCCCAGCUACAGGUCGCGGCAUGCUCCGGUAAGGACCGCGCCUUCUGUCGGAGACUCAGUAUCUGAUUUAGCAAGCGUGGAACAUGAAAAUUAUAUAAUUAACGACACGCGAAUCAGUACGGUUACUGACAUUUCCAAUGAGCUGGCCAAUAUGGACGCAAUCAAAAGAGACCCCGAGGACAUAUCUCCAUUAAAAAUGCUUUUAAAAAAUAACGAAACAAUAGAAAAUCACGACGAACUCAAAGACGGAAAUCUAGUGACCAUUGUGCAGACCGGAGAAGAAUCGGGACCGGUUAUAGUAACCGUUUCUGGUUGUUCGACGGUUGAACACGAAAAUGGUUCCCAGACUGAAAUGGACAUUUUAGCCCAUUUAUAACGCACGGCGAAAGUUGUAGAGUCAGCUAUUGUUUUUAUAUUAUAAGGAGAAAGUUAUUUACGUACUUGUAUAUUUGUGUUUUGCAUAUGUCUGUAUAAUGUUAAUAAAAAGCUUUU